GUCAAUCAAAAUAGAAAAAAAUCGACCCGAAUUCACCCGAUCAACACUAGCCCGCCUUUGAUAAAAUAAUCAUGUUUGGAGUUUAGUUGAUCAGAUAAUCCUCCCGGUUACUACCAUUCACGCUAUGAUUGGUACGUAAACACUUAGCGCAUCGAAGCGUGCAACUAAUCGGUGAGUUUGUGCAACCUACAGCGAAUCAAGCUGCGUCUUUUUUAUCUUUUGCUCUGCUGCUAACUAGCUAGAUAUGGUUAGCUAACUGAGCUAGCUGGCUAGCCACGGAGUUGACAAAGUAAACAGUCAUUCUGGGCCGAAAUCGCCCCAGAAUCUCCGCUGCAAAGUUGAAUUUCGCAGUCGGCUCCUUUUGGACUGGAGAGUGGGGAUGCUUUGCGGGCUUUUCUGGCAGGCAGGAGUUGAAGAUUAUAGAGUUUUGCUGAGUUUCCCCCUCUCCCCCUGCUAGCGCCAGAGCAGCCUCUGAAACAAGGAGAAAUGGCGUCCGCGGACGUGGACAGCAGUCAAAGCGAGUUUCUGCAACCCGGCGGCGCAGCGGAAACACAGACAACAGAUAUGUCGGCCAUUCAGCUGACUGGUUCAGACCGAUGGGAGGUGUUAACUCCUGUCUCAACUGGGAAGGAAGACCAGGGAGUCCUUCACAUUCCAAACUCGGGGAUUGUCACGUCCAACGGGCAGUACAUGCUUCCUAUUGGGAGUCUUCCCAGCCAGUCCAUUUAUGUUACAGCGUCUGGGAAUGAGGCUGCAGCCAAUGGGUUGUCAGGCAUUCAGUAUCAGGUCAUCCCCCAAAUCCAAAAUGCAGAUGGGACGCUUGCGGGGUUCCAAACACAAGGGUUGGAUGAUGGCACGGGGCAGAUCCAGCUCCUCCAAGAUGGCAGCCAUGGCAGCAUCUCAAUCAGCUGUGCCACAACAACGACCACAGACCUCUUGACGCAGACGGGGCAAGUACAGUCAAUCCAAGGCGUCCCGCUGGCUGGGGGGUCAGCAUACACCAGCACAGUACCCGUAGGGUUGCCCGGCAACAUAACGUUCGUCCCUAUAAACAGUUUGGAUCUGGAAUCUCUAGGGCUGACCGGAGCGCAUACAGUCCCCAUUGCAACAGGGGUAACAGCUGAAGGUCAGCUGAUCAUGAGCGGUCAGGACACUGGCACCAAACAGUCGCUGGUGGCGGUGAGCGACGCUGGCGGCAACCAAGAACUCUACGUGCCAACCACCACUUCCUCCUCCAACUCCUCCCAUCUUCCCGAGACCAUCGACGGCACCGGGGUUCUGACCCAGGCAACCGCCGUGUCUGCAGGCGUGUCCGACCCCUCCUCCUCAACGAACUACAACUCCCAAAAUCACCUGCAGCAAAUCCAGGUCUCAUCCUCUAAUGCCACCACUAUCUCGCAGCCCAUCCUGCAGCUGUCUGGUGACAGUCAGGCCCAGGUGGCUCAGGGUCAGGACAUGAAUGCAGGUCAGACUCUACAGAGUGUGCAGCUGGUCAACCCGGGGACCUUCCUCAUCCAGGCCCAAACUGUCACAGCUACUGGACAGAUCCAGUGGCAGACUUUCCAGGUUCAGGGUGUCCAGUCACUCCAGGGGCUCCAGUUGCCGCAGGGGCAGGGGCAGGCCCAGCAGCUGACUUUAGCCCCAGUCCAGACCCUCCCUCUAGGCCAGUCAGGCCAGGUCAGCCUGCCCAACCUCCAGACAGUCACAGUGAACUCUGUAACACAAAGUGGAGUUCAGUACACACAAGGGGAUGACGCAAACAGUCCAGCUGGUAUCCAGAUAAAGGAGGAGCCGGACUCUGAGGAGUGGCAGCUGAGUGGAGACUCCACACUGAACCCUAGCGACCUGAACAACCUGCGUGUUCAGAUGGGAGAUGAGGACAUGGAUACGCAGGGCGGGGAGGGCAAGAGGCUCCGCAGAGUAGCCUGCACCUGUCCCAACUGCAAAGAGUCUGGAGGAAGAGGUUCAGGCACGGGGAAGAAGAAGCAGCAUAUCUGCCACAUCGCUGGCUGCGGGAAGGUUUAUGGGAAGACGUCUCAUCUCCGGGCUCACUUGCGCUGGCACAGCGGAGAGAGACCAUUCGUCUGCAACUGGAUGUUCUGCGGGAAGAGGUUCACUAGGAGCGACGAGCUGCAAAGACACAGGAGGACACACACAGGAGAGAAGAAGUUUGUGUGCAAUGAGUGCUCCAAGAGGUUCAUGCGAAGCGACCACCUGGCCAAGCACAUAAAGACUCACCAGAAUAAAAAAGGCGGGGUUCCCUCCACGCCUCCGCCCACCACCGACGCCGUCAUCACUGCCGACGGCACCACGCUCAUCCUCCAAACCACCACCGCCCAUGACCUCGUAGCUAAUCAGGAGAUCCCUUUACAGCUGGUCACGGUGGCGCACGGUGAGGUCAUGGAAUGAGGUGACGAAUGGGGUGAGGUGGUUUUUUGAGAACUGGCCUAUCACAGGGACCUCUUGGGCUUUUCUCUUUUUCCCUCUUACCUUUUUUUUUUGUUUGUUUUUUAUAUAUGAAUAUAUACGUAAAUAUAUAUGACAAAUAUAUAUAUUUUAAGUAAGAGUUAUCAUGACUUUGUUUGUUUUUUGCAGUCUUUUUAUAGGCGGGCAAAAAAACAUUAAAAUGUGGUUGCUAUACACACACAUACACACACACACACACAUACACACACACACCACAACAUGUAUUAACACCACGUGAAUACUCAACACGAAGAAAUGCCUUAUUUUGUAUCAUACUCUUGUAUAAAAUGCUGGAGGUGCAUGUGUUUUUUUUUUAAGCUUUGCAGAUGAUGUAACUGUAACGGAGAUAAAUGUGUUUGUGAAAUGGAGAUGAUGGUGGUGAUAAUGAUGAGGAGUUUCUGAAAGAGAGAAAAGUGAACCCCUCUGGGAUUAUUGACAAAACCGAGCAGUCUGUUUGAAGCAGCGCUACAUCCUCGCUGAACCGUUGAACUGCUGCCGCCAUGAAAGAAUGCUUGUGUUUUUAGAGGAGUACUUCAACAUUUACGGAAAUUUGCUUUCUUGCUAAGAGUUUGGAUGGGAAGAUUGAUACCACUCUCAUGUGCAGACAUGUGAGUGGUAUCAAAACAAAAACAAAUAGGCGUAUUUCCCAAAAUGUUAAACUUCUCUUUAAAUAAAUCUGCAGCAGCUGUCGCUGCCCAGUCACUGACACUGACGCAGAUGUCAUGCUGUGCUGCUUCAAGCAGAGGUUCAGCUGGUGGUCAGAGUAGGACGCAAGUGCCACUGUCAACUGACCUGAAGUUAUGGUGUUUUCCACCAUGAGGGAGGUUGAUAGAUGCAUGCCACUGGGGGGAAAAAGGCAACUUCUUCCAGCUUCAGUCUGAACAGAAUGUCUCAUCUGUCCUCACGAGCACACCGUCCGCUGUGCUUGUCCACGUCAAAAACAUGUCUUUAAUUUUCUUUCUUUGUUUGCAUAUUUUUGUUGUAAAUUCACAUUGUGUUUAAGUUGUCUGUGUGUCUUCGCCGAUCUGGGUGUCUAAAUCGAAGCCACAUGGCGGUGAUCAUAGAUUUUAAAGUGUGUGUGGGGGGGGGUCACCUCCUGCAGGGCUCUUCAUUGUCAUUGUAAACUACGUACAUGGCAAGGAGAACUGAGAAACGGAUGCAACAAAUCUGUAAGCCCCUCGAGUGUGUUUUUUUGUCAUCGAACAUUCCAGUUGGACACCAGAUGAUGUGGGAUACGUUUUGCAAUAACGGCUCUGUUGGUAAUUCUGGCCAGAUGUCACUCAAGUCAAAAGGAAAACAAUCAUGCCAUUGUUUGUCUCUUUUUUUUUUUUUUUUUAAAUUUUAAUUAAUUCUUCAGUUCCUCCUCAUGUUUGUAGCAUUCAUUUACAUGUAUAUUAUCUUAUUUCACAUUGUUUAUAGAAGCCAUUACCUAGUUAACUGAAUUUGUUGUAUCAAAACCUUAUAUUAAAUGAUUUUUUUUAAUGAAUUGGUGUAAAAAAUGAAUGUUACCUUUUGUAAAACCUUUUUUCAAAUGGAUCACAAUAAAAGUCUGAAACCUUCCA